UAUAUAUUUAACAAAUAAAAAAAGAGUAACAGUAGUAUUAUUCCUUGAGAGAGGAGCGACAACAAUGUCUUCCAAGCUGUAAUUCAAAGCACUGAAAAACCUCGCUACUCAAAAUCAGUACAUGAUAAUCAUAAAAGUCGGCUGUGAUUGAUCAAUUCCAGUGAUUCAAGCUGUAGAUACAAAAACAUAUAUGUAUAUGUGAAAUUUGUAUUGGAGAUUGAUUGGAGAGGCCGGAACGGAAAUGAGUACGGACAAGGCACCGGUGACGGCGACGGAGCUGGUGGAGGAAGCUAAGAAGCGGAUUGUUCUACUCUCCGUGUGUGUUGUCGGCCUCUCUUAUCUCAUGUCUUUAACAAGCUCCUCAGUUUUGGUCAAUGUGCCUGCCGCUCUCGUCUUAAUUAUUGUUCUUCGCUACUUUGCCCUGGAUUUUGACAUGCGGAGGAAAGCAGCAUUAUACAACAGCAAACCAGCCUCGGCAAAUAAUCAUUUUCAAAAAAAGUACGAGGCACCAAAAUUUGUCUCUAGAAAUUCUGAGUGGAGAAGGAAAGUUAAUUCGCCAGCUGUUGAGGAUGCACUAGAUCAUUUUUCCAGACAUUUAGUUUCAGAGUGGGUGACAGAUCUCUGGUAUUCUCGCAUAACUCCGGAUAAACAAGCUCCAGAAGAGCUUGUGCGAAUUAUAAAUAGUGUGCUGGCUGAAAUUGCAAGCCGCAUGAGAAACAUAGACCUUAUAGAUCUUUUAACAAGAGAUGUCAUUAGACUUUUUUGCGCCCACCUGGAACUUUUCCGAGCAUGUAACGUGAAGAUUCAGAAGCGACAGUUGGGGUCUUUGACUAUAGGACAGAGGGACAGAGAGUUAAAGUAUGUUCUAGCUGCACAGAACAAAUUGCACCCUGCCCUUUUUUCAACAGAAGCAGAGCACAAGGUUCUGCAACAUCUGAUGGAGGGUCUUGUUUCACUAUCAUUUAGACCUGAUGAUCUGCACUGUUCUUUAUUCCGUUACAUUGUCAGGGAACUUCUUUCCUGUGCAGUAAUGCGACCGGUCUUAAACUUGGCUAACCCAAGGUUUAUCAAUGAAAGGAUUGAAGGUGUGGCUAUGUCAUCAAAAAAGUCUGAUAAAGUGGUGGUGGAUGCACAGCAGGUCAAGUCAAGUGAAUCCUCAAAGAUGUCAACCGUUCAUAUAUCUCAGUCUCUAGACCCUUCUGUAAAGGGUGUUGAACUUGUGCAAGUUAAGAAGGAUCAACCUAAUUCUUCAACAGAUAGUAUUAAGGCAGAGGAUUUGAAUGGGGGACUUUCCAAAGAUCCAUUACUUUCCAUUGGCACUCAGUCAACUCGUUCAUGGAAUUCUUUGCCAUUCAACUCCCAGACUAGUGAUGGAAGAUGUAUUCAGAGACACCAUUCUGGAGGAGAAUGGGGUGACAAGUUAGAUGUGAUUUCUCGUAGAAAAACUGAAGCCCUGGCUCCAGAACAUUUUGAAAAUGUGUGGGCUAAAGGCAGAAACUAUAAAAAGAAGGAAGGUGCAGAUAGUUCACCAUUGCCAGUUGAACAGAGUACCUCUGUAGGUUUAGCCACACCUGUGGAUGAUCCAAAAUCCCUGUCCAAGUACCACGGGAAGUCUGGUGCAGAAAAGGGUAUUGCUGCUAGGGGCUCUGACACCUCUUCUUUAGGUGUUGCAAGUUCUGGAGUAAAGAAGUUAUAUCCUAGUGACAACUGGAGUAAAUCUGGUCACCCUAGAAAUGGGUCACCUGAAGAAGAUAACGAGGACAGUGUGAAUUCAGACGAUGCAGAAUCAGGGAGCACGAGUUCAUUUCCUACAGAUGAUGAAAGUAGCAAUAUAACGGGUCUUGAUACUCCCAGUAUUAAAGUUUGGGAUGGUAGAAAUAACAGAAACCAGUCUGUUACUCGCAUUCAUCAUCCUCUUGAAAUUUCCAAGGGCCAUAAGGCAAGAAAGACAAGCAAGGGACGUGUUCAGUCUCAAAGAUUGGUAAGAUCACAGUCUGGGAGGAAAAAGCCCAGGUCAAGCAGUCAAGUAUCUGAUGUCUGGCAAGAGAUUGAAAGAACUAGUGUAUCAAUGGAGGGUCAGGAUAUACUGAAACCGUUUACAGGACAAGUGAACUCUGACAGUUCAGGUGGUGACUCCGAGACAGAGUCGCUGGGUAGAACUAACAGUGGAGCAACAACGUCUUCAUCACUCUCCUAUAUCUCUAUUCCUGAAAGCCACAGUUUGGCUUCAAACACCCCAGUCAGCUCAUUGUUAGCAGACUCUUUUUUGACAUUAAGAUGCGAGGUAGUGUGUGCUAAUAUCGUGAAGAGCGGUUCUAGCACAUUUGCUGUAUAUUCCAUAUCCGUCACAGAUGUAGAAAAUAAAAGUUGGUCUAUCAAAAGAAGGUUUCGUCAUUUUGAGGAACUCCAUCGGCGUCUUAAGGAGUAUCCAGAGUACACAUUCCAUUUGCCGCCAAAGCAUUUUCUUUCGACAGGUCUUGAUGUUCCUGUCAUACGAGAACGUUGUAAAUUGCUUGAUGCAUAUUUGAAGAAACUCUUGCAACUUCCAACAAUAUCAGGGUCAAUUGAAGUUUGGGACUUUCUUAGUGUUGAUUCUCAGACGUAUAGCUUCUCAGAUUCUAUAUCUAUCAUUGAAACUUUGUCAGAUGAUACAUCAUAUGAUAAGAAGAAAGAGAUUGGUACUUCUGCGAAGGCCACUAGGCAUACAAUGGAUCAGAAGAGAGGACUUCCUAAUUCUGGAAUGAAGGAGGCGGUGCCUCAAAUGAGGAUAAAUCACGUGACUGAUUUGUCAAGGAUGAACACAAUAAAUGUACCUCCCAUUCCUCCAGAAAGGCAAGCAAAAGCUGUUGGAAAACCAUUGGAGGAUUCCGGUAAGAGAAUCGAUAGAUUGGUGCAAGAUAAAAUACAUUUAGACAGCAAGUUGGGGACUACUGUCAAGGAAGCUGAAAUUUACCAAUCACAUCCAGCAACUGAGCCGCAUGUUGAUGGUGGUGCUGAUCCAGCACUCCCUAGUGAUUGGAUUCCUCCAAAUUUGAGUGUUCCUAUUUUAGAUUUGGUUGAUGUUCUUUUCCAGCUUCACGAUGGUGGAUGGAUAAGGCGCAAGGCUUUUUGGGUGGCCAAACAAGUAUUGCAACUGGGAAUGGGUGAUGCCUUUGAUGAUUGGCUAAUUGAGAAAAUUCAGAUCCUCCGAAGGGGAUCAGUGGUUGCUUCAGGUAUUAGGCGGGUUGAGCAGAUUCUCUGGCCUGAUGGAAUAUUUUUAACAAAGCAUCCAAAGCGGCAAAGACCAACUCCCUCUGCAAGCUCAUAUAGUUCCCCUAGUGGCCAUCCUCCCUCACCUCUCUCAUCACCUAAAGAAGAUGAUAUCAGGAGACUGGAUGAGCUGCAGGAAAAUGAAGCUCGGCGGCGUGAGCAAUUUGUUUAUGAGCUAAUGAUUGAUAAAGCACCAACUGCCCUUGUAGGUCUUGUUGGUCGCAAAGAGUAUGAUCAUUGUGCAAAGGACCUCUACUACUUCCUUCAGUCAUCUGUUUGUUUGAAGCAACUAGCUUUUGGCCUCCUAGAGCUGCUACUUUUGUCUGCUUUCCCUGAACUAGAAAAUCACUUCAGGCAAUUGAUUGAAGAGAAAGAUAAGUUUGGAGAACUCCAACAGUCCUAGUUGUGUUCUUAUCCUGUUGGCAAGUUAUACAAGAUUAAGAUAAUCAACUUGCAUCUGGCUCGAUGUUGCAGCAAACAGGAAAAUGUGAGUAGCUUUUCAAAUCCCUAGAGCAGAAGCUCUUUAGGCCUAUAUAAUAGGUCUGUUGUGAAAUACUAUUUUGGAGCAUAUAGACCAACUGGAGGCAGAAAGAAGAAAAUAUUGCUGGCAAUGUGUGAAAAUGAGGCGGCCUCAGUUUGGGGCCCGGUGGUCUGAUAUUAGUAAUACUUCUGGAUUUCUUGAGAGUCAGCUGUAAAUUUAGAAUAGAUUUAGAUGCAUAUUACAUCUCAGUUUUGCUCUGCCCUCCGGUGGACUAAGAGCUAGCAAGACACCUUUCUUCUUCUAUGCAGACAACUUUGGUUAAAAUAGAAAGAUAUACAUACCUUUUGGAAAGUC